AGAUAUAAGCUGAAGCUGCAGUUUACCAGAUUGCAAACUCAGCAUCUACACAGCAUAUUUCUACUUCCAUAUGAAUAAUAAAAACAUAAUUUAAGCAACCGCUUGAAUUUCUGCUUCUCAGACUGCGUGAAGGGCUACUACAAGCGGGCCAAGGCUCACGCUGCCGUGUGGAACGAGAAGGAGGCCAGAAGAGACUUCAGUACGGUGGCCCAGUUGGACAUCACUCUGGCUGCGCUUGUUCGCCGAGAGCUGAAGGAGCUGUCGGAGCGCAUGAAAGAGAAGUACUGGGAGGAGAGGGAGCAGUACUGGAACAUGCUGGAGAAAACGGAGGGCACCAGUAAACACGAGGAGGAAGAGCAACAAGAUGAAGAGCAGGAGGAAGAUGAAGAAACAAAAAAGAAAGAAAGCGACUUUGAAAGUGGCAAAGCAGGCGAGAAAACCGGUUCAUCUGAGAUGAAACGUGUUGAAGAAGGAGAAUCUGGAGAAGAAAAGGUUCGGCCAUCUGAGGGAGUGAAGGAGGAAGAAAGCAGCUGUGCAGUGGAGCUGCAGGCCUGUGAUGAGAUGGAGGGGAAGGACUGGCAGCAGAUGUUACGGCUGGUCAUGAUUCUGCAGAACGAGGGAAACUUCCUCAUCAAAGAGCAACACUUCCCAGACGCUUCCGCCAAGUUCAAGGAGGCUUUGGGAUACGUGGACUUCUUACAAAACAAGCAGGUGGAUCAACACGGCGAGGACUGGGAGUCGCUGGAGAAAGUGCGUCUCCCGCUCAGUCUCAACCUGAGCCAGUCCAUGCUGGAGCUGAAACAAUACCAGGAGGUGGUGGAGCUGAACAGCCGGCUGCUGAAGACACACAGAGGUAACUUUAAAGCGACGUACCAGAGGGCGCGGGCGCACGCUGCUUUGUGCAACGAGGAUGAAGCUCGAAGAGACUUUGCCACGGUGGAGAAACUGGAUCCAAAGUUUAAACCCUUUGUCCAGAAGGAGCUGAAGAUAUUAGGGGAAAACAUCCGCAAAAUGCACGCCGGCCAGAAGAAGAAUUAUUGGGAAACAACAAAGGAGAAGUGGGGUCCUGUUGGAAGCAGGACCAAGGAUGCAGUAAGAAAGAAAAGCACAAACUCUGCUAAGAAAGCCACAGAAAAAAACACUGAGAUGGACAAAAACACUGAAAGUCAUAAAGUUGAAGAGAGGGAAAGCCCAGCAGAACACCGUCCUGUUGAGACUGAAGGAGCAGGCGACUCAGAAACAGGAAAACAUCCAGAUUUGAAAGCAGAGCGUUGUGACAAAGAGCAAAUGUGUGGGAGGACGAGUGAAUUGGGGUCAGAUAAAGAAAAACCAGCGAGGGUCGCGGCUCCUGAAGCAGAUAAUCACAGAACAGAUAAAGAUGGUGACCCUGCGUCCACCAGCUCAGAUAAUGUAGUGAGCAGGAGAUCGCGGAACGAUAAAGGGAAGAAGAAGAAGACCACGGCCUGUCACAAUAAACAAUUAAUCCCAUGAUAGAUUAACAUGAGCGCAAUAAUUUCAAUUCUCAUAAUUAGUAUUUAUGUGUGUAUAGAGAUAUUAUAAUCCAUUUUAUUUAUGGUUUUGAUUGUAUGAAAGUUUUUAUUUCCAUUUUAUUUACUGUAUUUUAGUUGUCGUGUUUCAUUUAGGAUAUUUAAAAUAUUUUUCAGUUCCCGUGUUAAGUUUUGUUUAGAAGAUUAAAGUUUAUUGUUCUUUGAGACGGCAAACUCACAUUAUUUUUAUCAAUAAAUUACUUGAAAAUGGUCUCAAAAUAGCAACAGUCAUUUAUUGCAAUAACGUUGUUGUCCAGGAAAAUGUGUCGUCGUGACAGGCCUACCUGAGCAUGCAGACUGCCUCAACAAACGUGUGAAAGAAUAACUUGCUUUUACACUCUUUGUUGCUCAGUGUGGCAACGGUGGCUGGGAGGGCCAAACCACCGUUACAAAAUCUGAAAACCUUUCACAACUUUCAAAACAAAGGCACAUUUUAGAAAACAAAUUAAUAAUAUGUGAAACACUUUUACAAGCCUCGAAACAAAUGACAAAAAAAUCAAGCCAAAAGGGAAUGUACUAACUCCAAGUGCUCAUUUCAAUAAUAAUAAUAAUAAUAAUAAUAAUAAUAAUAAUAAUAAUACAUCAAACUUAUGUAGCGUUUUUUUUAGCGUUCAUCAUCUGUCAGAGGAGACGUCGGUGUCUUAUACUUGGCAGUGGCUA